UGCAUGCGGCACAGAUAGAGCUCACCGUGGCUGAGUAGCGCACGGCUCGGCACAGGAAGAGCUCACCGAGGCUGACUAGCGCUCGGCUCGGCACAGGAAGAGCUCGACUGGCUGACUAGCGUGCGGUGCUAACGCCAUGCUACAGAGAUGGUUUCUGGCGACCGUGACCCGCCGUGGGCUCCUGCUGGUGAUCACAUGCUGUGGCCUGGUACUACUCCACCUGAUCUCCUGCAGCCUGAACGCCCCUUAUCCCGUCCGCAGACCCUCCUCCUGGGCAAACAGCCCUGCGAGUGAGCCUGAGUAUCAGGCCUCGCUUCAGGAGCUGGAGGAGCGAUACCAACACUACGUGAGCAGUCUGACCAAGCAGAUAUCGCAGCUAAAGGAGGCUUUGGCCCUGAGGAGCACACAGCUGCGAGAGUCCCUGGGCCACCCGGCCGGCGAGUUCCUCCAAGGGAUGGAGGGAAACACUCUCAGAGGCCAGAUACAUCUGGAAGAGUUCCUGCAGAGUCAGCUGAAUCGGGCAGAAGUUCACGCAGGAACCAAAGUGCCCAGUGAAUAUGCCCUGCUGCCCUUCGAGAGCUUCACCCUCCAUAAGGUGUACCAGCUGGAGAUGGGGCUUAGCAGGUUUCCGGUGGAGAGACCCCUGCGUAAGGACCGACGUGAGGAGCUCAUCGGCACGCUGGAGAAGGCACUGCACAUGCUCAAUGCACCGCGGGACAGUGAUGACCCCCAUCUACGGAAAGUCUACUCCCCGUCUGAUUUCAUUGAGGGCCUCUACCGCACAGAGAGGGACCACGGCACACUGUACGAGCUGACGUUUAAGGGAGACGGGCCGGAGGACUUCAGGAGACUGGUGUUCUUCCGGCCAUUUGCCCCCCUGAUGAGGCUCGGGAAUGAGCAGGUGGACGCGUCUGGCGUGCUCGUAAACGUGAUUGUGCCCCUGGCUAAAAUGGCUGACAAGUUCAAACGUUUCAUGGUCAACUUCAGAGAUGUUUGCAUCCGCCAAGAUGGAAAGAUCCACCUAACAGUGGUCUACUUUGGGAAAGAACAGCUUGAAGAAGUGAGAAAAAUUCUUGAGAUGACAGCAAGGGAGACAGGCUUCAAGAAUUCCACACUGAUACAGCUCAACGAAGACUUCUCCCGAGGCCGGGGCCUAGAUGUGGGGGCGCGGGCCUGGAAGAACGGAAAUGUUCUCAUGUUCUUCUGUGACAUUGACGUGGUCUUUACUGCUGAGUUCCUCAAUUCUUGUCGCCUCAACGCUGAACCAGGUAAAAAGGUGUUUUACCCGGUAGUCUUCAGCCAGUAUAACCCAGUGUACGUGUAUGGCCACCAUGCUGCCGCUCCCCCCACUGAACCAGUCAUUAAGAAGGACACAGGAUUCUGGAGAGAUCUGGGGUUUGGAAUGACAUGCCAGUAUAGAUCAGAUUUCAUCAACAUAGGUGGGUUCGAUGCGAGCGUCCGAGGCUGGGAGGUGGAAGACCUGCACCUGUACAGAAAGUACCUCCACAGUGAGCUGCGGGUGGUGCGGGCCACCACGCGCAGCCUGCUCCACCUGUGGCACUCCAGCGCCUGUUCUGACCACCUGCCGGAGCGGACGUACCGCUUAUGUCAGCAACGCAGGGCCACCAGUGAGGCCUCCCACAGCCAGCUGGGAAGGCUGUUCUUUCACAAGCAGAUUGAGGAGCACCAGCGCCUCCAUGGCUCAUAGUGGCUGAAAGACAGGAGGAGGCCUGUUGUCAAACUGGUGUGCUGCCCAAUUUUACCCUCAGUUUUUGAUCGGCUACAUUAUCUGUUUACGCCAAAUGCUGACAUUACAUAAUGGGUCUCAGCUUUGGUAAAUAUGUAAAUAUUAUCAUAAAUAUUUCAUGAGGA